AUGUCCUCACCACCUAGGAAUCGAUUAUGGGAUCCAUCAACUGGGAUCCGAUUUUCGCCCAAAACAGACCGGCAGCCCCGCUAUCCCUCCCUGGACAUCUCUCGCUUCGUACAUACACCAGGCCCAAAGGAUGACACAACUCGAAAGCUUCAGCUCGACUCCGAGGAGUUUAGCGAUGAUGAGGAAUUUGAGAAGAAUGCAGCCGAAUGGUUCGAUCAGCAAGACCUACUGGUAUCUAUUGCACCUGCAGCUGAGGAGUUUCAAGUGAUCUCUGACGCGGAGGGCAAUCCCAUUGACCCAAAACCCGAAGCCGAGGUUGAGGCAGAGGCAGAGGCCAUAACGAAGAUUCCUCCUCCUAUUACUUGUCUAGACUUCAACAUUGACCCCGAGAAACAUGAGACGGCCCAGAACAGCAAAAAAGGAACCGACGAGUCCUUCUGGUCUUAUACCAUGUAUCAGCGUCCCAUGCCUGACGGCGAGCUGCAGAAAGUCAAGGUCCAUUAUUGCACCAGCAAACACACCAUGGAACAUGUCUGCAAGACGUACUUUGAAGACGAGAAAGUACUUGGUUUUGACCUGGAAUGGAUGACAUGGGCAAGGAAACCGCACGGCCCACGGGCCAACGUAUCCCUCAUCCAGCUUGCGAGCCCCAGUCGCAUCGGUCUCUUCCACGUUGCUCUCUUCCGAAGCGACGACUAUGUCGCUCCUACUUUCAAAAAGAUCAUGGAAGAUGAGAGCGUGACCAAGGUGGGAGUUGCUAUCAAGGGAGAUUGCACGAGGCUCAAGACACAUCUUGGUGUCGAGACCAAGGGCAUCUUUGAGCUGUCCCACAUGUACAAGCUUGUCAAGUAUUCCAAGCUGGGCCAGUACGACCGCAUCAACAAGUCCCUGAUCUCCCUCGCCAUUCAGGCAGAGGAGUUUUUUGGUCUUCCGCUAUACAAGGGAGACUCAGUACGGUCGAGCAACUGGAUGUCACUCCUAUCAGCAAAGCAAGUCACAUAUUCGGCCUCGGACGCGUAUGCCGGUCUGAAUCUAUUCUACGUUUUGGAUCAAGAACGCCAAAAGCUCGACCCGUGCCCCCCACGACCAGAAUUUGCCGAAAAGGGCCUCCCGAUCAAAUUCUUGACGGCUGACGAUGUUGAUGAGAGCGAUGUGAUAUCGGAUCAGGAUUCUGAGACCAGCGCUGCAGUGGAAGUGGAUUUGAUCAAUGUCGAAGUGGAAGCUGAGUUGGAAGAGCCCGUUGAAGUUUCGCCGCCCCCUGCGCCGAUUCCUGCCAAGCAACCUCAGGCAAGGGACUCGCGCAUCAUCGCUGCUGAGAAGAAAGCCCAGGAGUGGCGCGCUGCUAGGGAGCAGGCCAACAGGAUAAUGGCCUCGGCUCUGCGCACCUAUUUCCUCUGGUAUGACAACGAAGACCUCUCGCCCGAGUCUAUAGCAAAGCUUCUCCGCACCCCGCCAUUGCAGACCGGCACUGUUGUGUCCUACAUCAUGGACGCCAUUGUUGUAGAUCACAUGCCGUUCUCAAAGUCAAGGCUGAGGAACGAGGUGUUGGUCCUACUGGCGCCAGACGCAAUGCGAAGACGGCCCAAGUACCAGGCUUUGAUUGACGAGACUCGGGAGGCAACACAAUGA